UUUUUGGUUGGCGAUGUACGAGGCCGCCAUCUUGCUCCCCACCCAGUGCACGAUCCUGUGGGAGUCGAGUAGUCAGCGAGGUUUUCCGGUUUUUAGGUUCAGCACGGUGCUCAAAGUGGCCAAAUACAGUUAACACAUCCGUACAAUAUGCAAGCAAUCAAGUGUGUAGUGGUCGGCGACGGUGCCGUGGGUAAAACUUGCCUUCUCAUCAGUUACACAACCAAUGCCUUUCCUGGGGAAUAUAUCCCCACUGUCUUCGACAAUUAUUCGGCCAAUGUGAUGGUGGAUGGUAAGCCCAUCAACCUGGGCUUAUGGGAUACAGCAGGACAGGAGGACUACGAUCGUCUUCGACCACUGUCAUAUCCACAAACGGAUGUUUUCCUGAUAUGCUUUUCCCUCGUGAACCCUGCCUCAUUUGAAAACGUCAGGGCAAAGUGGUACCCCGAAGUGAGCCAUCACUGUCCCCAGACACCCAUCAUCUUGGUCGGCACCAAGCUGGACCUGCGAGAGGACAAAGAAACUGUGGAAAAGUUACGUGAACGCAAGCUGGCCCCAAUCACCUACCCACAGGGUCUUGCCAUGGCCAAGGAGAUUGGCGCAGUCAAGUACCUCGAAUGCUCGGCACUAACUCAGAAGGGUCUCAAGAAUGUCUUUGAUGAGGCCAUCCGGGCCGUGCUCUGCCCACAACCAAAGCCCAAGAAGCGCCGGAUGUGUUCCUUGCUUUGAACGUUGCUUCAAAUGUGCACUCAUUUGGGUCGAAUCUUAAUCUAUGAGCAUAAAUCUUGACCUAGAAAGAGUGGAAAAGCUAACAACUGCGUUCUGCCGUGUCGGCGCUUCAAAAAAGUGCAGCCUAGAAGGACUAAAAGGGAGGUGAAUUCUACAAUUGAACUUGUAUUUGGCAGGAUGACUCGCAAGCAGAGAGCGGCAGUUGGUUGUCUCGGAAACAACAGAGUUUGCUACUCUGCGGUGGUGUUGAUAGCUGGUAUUGCUCUGGAAGUGUGACAUGAUGUACAGGGUAAUCCGACAUAAAGUAACCAGCUCUCUAGAGCAUCAAACUAACAAAAAAGAUAAUAAUAAUAAUAUCGGGCAAAAAAUUUUGUGUAUGGAAAUGAGAAUUUCCACACAUGUACCCAUUUUGCAUGUUCAACAGUGCAGUGGUGGGGUGAAUACCAAAAGGAGAUAUAGUGUGUAAUAAAAGCCAGAAGGCAGGGGUGUACCUAACAGUAAUGUUGGCUUACACUAAUUUAUCUGACUGAUGCAGAAGGUCAGAUAGCAUACAUAGAAGCUUUGCCAUUGCAACAUAUUGCUGGUAAUGAUACGGUACAAAGCAGACACUGCUCUUUGUGUCGUGUCUUCUCUUUCACUUGUUAUCAUACUUUUUUAUUGUAUCGAAGCAGUACCAACCAGCCCACGCUGUUACUUCAGAGCAGUUUAGUCACUAUAGUACCUAUGAGGUUACUGUGGUGUCUGUAAUAAUUGCAUUAUUUCAUAGUGUUUGAUAUGCCUCAUGCCUGAUGAGCUCUCUUAUCACUUGCUGUUGCAUUAGAUACCUGGUACUUUAUCUAGGAAAACCCUGUGCUCUGUAUAGCUUACCGUUUUUCACACUCAUAUUUGCUUCACAAUCUCCCGAGCUGAUAACGGCCACUUCGUUAGCCUGCGGCAAUUUUUUCUGUUGUAACCACCACAGAGAAUGGCUUUUUAUACUUUUGGAGUGUGACAGGUAAAACAACACUGGUGUACAACAUGAACGUGUUUAAAUGUGUAUAAUAAUAGUCCUGCAAAUUUUUCCAUUGUAGGAAAUUAUUCCUACUUUGGGAAGGAAUUAUGGGGAGCUUCCUUUCGUAGCCAAACAGCGUAACAUUCAUGUGUAAAAAGAAUAAGUUUUUCAAAAUGUUACAUGAUUGUUUGCUUCUAAUAAAUAUAUAGUUGUUUACAGAA